AUGAGCACAUCUGAUAACUCAUCCAAAGGAGAAGACUUGAGCGUGGGCCAUGACAUGGCUUGGAAUGAAAGAAAAUAUAAUCUCAUUAAGCUAAACAAAAAUGUUGAAAAGUGGAAAGUACUUCGGAAAGUUAAUGAUUGCGUUGUUAGCAAUUCAAAAAAAAAUUGUCCCAAAAAAUUAGAUUCUUCACAAUCAUCACCUUUACUAUUUGUAAAAGCACUUAUCAAGCAUAUAAAUGUCAUUGCUGUUUCUCUUUGUAUUACAUAUUACAUUCCUCAGUUGGAUGAAGUGGAUGAAACUAAAGAAGCGGACACAAAUAAAUGGGAACAAUCAAAAUCAGAUGAUAAAGAAUUAGAACCAGAUGACAAAAAAACAUCAGAUAAAAAAUCAAAGUUAGAACAUAAAAGUGCACGAUAUAAAGAUAUGCAUAUUUUAGUUAAUGAAAUGUUUAAAUCUACAUCUGGUUUUCUAAAGAAAUAUUACAGCUAUUAUAAUGAGUAUGAAAAUGAAGAAAAUGAAUUCCUUUGUAUUACCGUUAUUUUGGUAACCACAAUGCUAAUAGCAUGUGAGAUUACUAUAUUGCAAAGAAAACUGGUGACAGAAAAUUUUAAGGAUAAGGAGAAACCGUCAAAAGAUGAUGAUCAAAUCCUGAAUUGUUAUCAAAAGAACAUACUUUAUUUGUUAGUGACUAUAAAUUCUUAUAUGAACACUAUUACUGAUGACGCUGGUAGAAUUAUAAAAUUCAUACCUGAGAAAAAUUUUCAAAGAUAUUAUCCUGGCACUAUAGACCAUAGUUAUAUGAGAAAAUCGUUACUUGCAAUAGAAUUAAUUAAUGAUUUAGAUCAUAAAUAUGAUGAAGAUUAUUUGCUUACCAUGAAAAAAUUAAAUUCGCCAUUUUUAAAUUUGCAAGCUAUUUUUAAUACUAUAUCUGAUGAAAAAGCACUUGGUUCGGAUGAUUCAUAUAAUAUUGAUUUGAUUGGAUUGUAUCAUAAACUGGAAAACGAAAUGGAUACAAAUCAAUCUGAACUAUCUAUUGAAGAUAAUAAAUCAGAAAUCCCUUCAAUUGAAACACAAAAAAAUUGGCUGAAUGAUUUAAUUUAUAACAUGGAUAUUAAAAUUACUGAGCAAUCUAAGUUAGCCAUUAAAGCAAAUAAAGUAGAAGAUAUUGAUCUAGACAGUUUAGAGAAAAAAAUAGGGUCAAUUCUAUUAGGAGUUAUAGACAGGAUUACGGAAAUCAGGACUCAUAAAGGAUUUAAAGAAUAUAAAAAUUUACAAAAGUAUAUUGAUGCUUUAAGAAUUCAGGUGAUAACUAUAAAAGAUGAUUUAAUUAUGGAAAAUCUUCUCUUAAUUGGUUUGAUAUCAUGGAAAAAAGAUAAAUGGGUGUAUAGGGCACAAUUAAAUAGAAUUGAAAUGAGCAACAAAGAAAGAGAGAUAAUCAAACGUCUUCUUUUUGGGUUAUCAAUGGAUA